CGCAAACGUUGCCCAUACGUUACUAUCGAACCAUUAGCCUAGACUCUAAACAGCAAAAUGGCGACCACGGUGGAUAAGAUCAAGGAAAUUGAAUCCGAAAUGGCCCGGACACAAAAGAACAAGGCUACGUCAUUUCAUUUGGGACAACUGAAGGCAAAGCUUGCGAAGCUGAAGCGGGAGCUCCUUACACCUACGUCUAGUGGUGGAGGAGGGGGAGUUGGAUUUGAUGUGGCAAGAACUGGUGUUGCCAGUGUGGGCUUCAUUGGCUUUCCUUCAGUGGGGAAGAGUACACUCAUGAGUCGACUGACCGGUCAACACUCCGAAGCCGCCGCAUACGAAUUUACAACGCUCACUACUGUCCCUGGCCAAGUCCAGUAUAAUGGUGCAAACAUCCAGAUCCUUGAUCUUCCCGGUAUUAUUCAAGGCGCGAAAGAUGGUAAAGGUCGUGGUCGGCAGGUUAUCGCGGUAGCAAAGACGUGCCAUUUGAUCUUUAUUGUUCUGGACGUGAACAAGCCUCUGACAGAUAAGCGUGUCAUUGAACAAGAACUGGAAGGUUUUGGAAUUCGAAUCAACAAGAGUCCCCCGAACAUCGUGUUCAAGAAGAAGGACAAAGGGGGGCUCGCCAUCACCUCGACGGUCCCUCUAACACACAUUGAUCAUGAUGAAAUAAAGGCCGUGAUGAAUGAGUAUCGAAUCGCAUCUGCGGAUAUCGCGAUUCGUUGCGACGCGACGAUUGACGACCUGAUCGAUGUAUUGGAGGCGAAGAGUCGAAGCUACAUUCCGGUGAUUUACGCGCUGAACAAGAUUGAUGCUAUAUCGAUCGAGGAGCUGGACCUGUUAUAUCGAAUUCCGAAUGCUUGCCCUAUCAGCUCAGAGCAUGGCUGGAAUGUUGAUGAAUUGCUCGAACAGAUGUGGGAAAAGCUGAAUCUGGUUCGAGUCUACACGAAGCCCAAGGGAAAGACGCCGGAUUACUCCGCCCCGGUCGUGCUGAGGUCGACGGCUUGUACGGUGGAAGAUUUCUGCAAUUCGAUCCACAAGACGAUUGUUGAGCAAUUCAAGCAAGCCAUCGUGUAUGGCAAGUCUGUAAAACAUCAGCCACAGCGGGUGGGACUGGCUCAUGAGCUUGCCGAUGAAGACAUCAUCACUAUCAUCAAGCGGUAACACUGUCGUGAAGACGGAACAGCGUCUUCGGCGAGUCAUUGUGUAUGUACGUCUUACUCCCCCCGCAACGGGAUCUGAAUGGUGCAAUAAGGGGGCUAUAAAAGGAUGGCUUUUGAGUGUCUCAUUCUCGUAUCAGAGCUAGAUGGUGUCAUGGGACGUCAAGGCGAGCAAGGCGGAGCUCAAUGGUCGGCAUGGAAUGUUGGAUUGGCCGUGGCGCGGUACCAAUAGUAUUGCAACGACAUCAGCACGUUUAUUUUCGGCCAGAGCAGCUUACACAGCGGAUCGGAUCAAUCAUUCGCCAGGCCAUUUCGACGACCGCUUCGAACUAGUGCUCUUCGAAACAGACAGGCAGAUCAUUCAUAGGUGGUCCACCGCGUCCCGAAGAGGCACAUCUCAGCGAGAGCCUCGUCGUUGAACGUGAGUCGGUGGUGGCUAUUGGAACGGUCUCAGCAACAUUGUUUUUCCAUAUUGUUAUUUCGGAACCUCAGGGAAUACGAC